GUUGGGACAUAGAGUCAGACCACCAGUACACCAUAGAACGCCGCGCGCGCCACUAGUCCCACUCCACUGUCCCAUCACCGGUCAUCGCCACCACAGUGAAAACGUGACUAGUUCGCCGCUUUUCCGCGCACAAAUUCAUGCGACCAGAACGACAAGGUCUUUAGAAACUUUUUUGCCCGAAACUGUGUCACUUCGUCGUUUCAAGCCAGUGUUAUUCUUGUUUAAUUUAUAUGUGUUUAUUUGAAAGUGUGAAAAUAAUCGAUGAUCACAACGUCGUAUUGCCGGCUUUUAACUAGCGUGUCAAGGUCGUUGAAUACGAUAAUGGCUCCAACACAACAAAACGUCGACGCAUGCGACGCACCUCCACAUUCUCAGCUAAAAAUGAGACUUAUAUCAAGUGAUUAUAAAAGUGAUAAUUGUGUGAACAGCUGUGAUAAUAACAAUUCAGUGUUACGAGAGAGUGCUAGUGACAAAAUAAACAGUGAAACAGACUUCGACAUAAGCAAAUAUGAGGCCAUGGAAUUUAGGCCAAAAAUUAAAUGGCCAGAUCUUAUAGUGCAACUGUCUCUGCAUUUAGUUUCAAUUUAUGGACUAUUUCUUACAUUCACAAACCAAGUUAAACUUUACACUAUAUUAUUUGCAUUGGCGACAAUCUACACUUCGGGUUUCGGAAUAACGGCAGGAGUACACAGGCUGUGGUCACAUCGGGCGUACAGAGCACGAACACCGCUCAGGAUAUUAUUAGCUGUGCUGUUCACCAUCACUGGCCAGAGGGAUAUAUAUACAUGGGCGUUGGAUCACCGCGUACAUCACAAAUACUCCGAGACCGUUGCCGACCCUCACGAUGUUAGGCGAGGAUUUUGGUUCGCUCACGUGGGCUGGCUAGUCCUCACACCUCACCCCGCAGUAGAGAAUCGCCGGAUAGCCCUUCAGAAGACUUCCUUAGAUCUCCUAGCUGAUCCCGUCGUGAGGAUACAAAAACUGAUCUUCAUUCCUUCCUUCGGCCUGCUAAAUAUAGCACUGCCGGUAUGGAUACCUUGGUACUACUGGGGAGAGAGCCUACUCAUCAGUUUCGUCAUUAGCUUCGUAACCAGAUUUACCAUCACACUGAACGUCGCUUACUGCGUCAAUAGCUUCGCUCACCUUUGGGGUAACAAGCCUUACGACAGGUUCAUACUCUCCGUUGAAAAUCAAAUGGUGAGUUUAGCAGCACUGGGUGAAGGCUGGCAUAAUUACCAUCACGUGUUCCCGUGGGAUUAUCGCACAUCAGAGCUUGGCCGUUUCAAUGUGUCUACUAGAUUUAUCGAUAUUUUCUCCAAAAUUGGCUGGGCAUAUGACCUUAAGGCGGCCACACCAUCGAUGAUAUCAAACCGGGCUAAACGAAGCGGAGACGGUACCUUUGAAGAAAUAGAAGAACCACAUCCCGAGUUCACCGAGUACAAACAUUAAACAAAUAAUUCAAUCAUUGGACCAAUUUAUUUAAUCAUGAUUUCAAAACUAUUUUUGCAACUUUGCUUUAAAAAUAACAGCAUAAUAACCGUCUAUUGCUAUAAUCUAAAGUCUCAACUACUCUCGAUGUUCAUUAUAUAAUGAAACAGAUACGAGGUUAUUUGGCAUUUAAUGCUUAAUUUGAAAUCUUGAGACUUAAUUUUCGUUUAUUCUAAUUAAAAGUCAAUCAGUUAUAGAAAUGUCCUUUAAAAAUACGGGUAAAAAUAUUGUAUUCUUAGUAAAACAAAAUUUACGUACUGUAAACUACAUAAGUGAUUAUUUGUAUAUGUAAAAUACCAAUUAUGUUACAAAACUCACAGACUUUUCCAAGUGUAUGUCCUAGAUCUUUGUUUAGUGUAAUAAAUAUUGCUUUUAUUGUACUGAAACCAUAAAAAAAACAUAUUUUUUAUUAUUAUAAAUUAAAACGUAUACCUACUGUUUCCAUAAUUUUCAACCAACUUCAAAAAGAAAGAAGUUCUAAAUUCGGUUAUAUUUUUUAUGUUUAUUACUUCAUACCGAAUUAAAAAAUGGUUUUUUAUCUAAAAAUAUAUACUUACACAUUGGUCCAAUAGGAUUUUUAUCGAAAUCGGUUCAAUAGUUUAGUUUUUAAAUCAAAAUAACUGGUUUUGCCACAAUUGAGGUCGGUUUUUUUAUGGAACAUAAUUUUUAAUUAUUUUAUCCACAAUAUAUACUUUUAUAGAAACAUUGUACCAUUGUAAUUUUAAUUGAUAAAUCAGCUAGUAUUGUAAUAAUGUUUAUUUGAUAUCCAAUUACUUCUACAAUUAUUUUAGUAAAUAAUCGAAAAUUCUUAAGUAAGCAGAUUUCGUUACUUGUUUUGCCCAAUUAAUUUAUCUUUAAGUACUUAUUUAAAUAUUAUAUAAUUCUUUAAGUCACGUCUGAAUAAAAAAAAUAUACGUAUAUCUUGUCACAUAUAAAAUACUAUACAAUGAGUUGUAUUUACUUAUCGAUUUACAUACAUCAUAUGAAUUUCUAUGAUAUACACCAUUACUUCCUUAAUAUGCCUAUUCUACCAGUUAUUUUAUACAGUUUUUUUACCAGAUAUAGUCAGCGUACAAUCUACCAUGUUCACCAAAAAUUAUAAUCUUUUUUUUUUAUUCAACUUAGAAUGGCAAACAAGCCGACGGCCCACCUGAUGAAAAGUGGUAACCGUCGCCUAUAGACAUGAGCAGUAAGUACCAUGGACAUAACAGUAUACUGUUUCGCCCAUAAUAUCCCCCAUGCGUUGCCAUUCCUGAGGACUCGGGUGUUUUUCCUCUGUACCCUGUAAAUUCACGCCAUAUCCCACCCUUCAAACCGAAACACAGCCAUGCAAACACAACUGCUUCACGGUAGAAACACGAAUGGGAAAGAGGUACUCAAGCAAUCGACUUUUGCACAAAGUUUUCCUCUGGUAAAUUCAUAAUAAUAACUAAUUUAUGCCCUGAACCGUUGAUUUUUUAUUUAUAACUUUUUAAAUUGAGUUUUAUCGAAAACAUUACGAAAAAUUGUGUUUUUUUAAAUAGAUAAUACUAAGUUUUGUAGUUCAAUUAUGCUACAGAUUGAUAUGUAUUAUUCUUUCCACUUGUUUACUAAUGAUUUUUUUGCGACAUUAAUUAUUUUUAUAAGAAGACGAUCGAUGAAGAUUUGUGAUUUUCUUUAACACCAGAAAAGAAAAUUUUACACAAAUAUUCAGUAUACUCAAGAUACUGGCAGUAUAUAUAGUAUAGUUUGUUCUUUAUUUUGUAAUUCUUCCCAAAUUCAAAUAAAAUGUGUUUUCUGUAAAUAAAACUCAUUCUGUGAGAAUAUUAAUCUAUGCAACCGAUGAAAUUUAUCUCUCAAUCAAAAAAUAUAUAAAAGAGAAAGGCAUUCCUGACGCCUUCCUUGUAGAGAAAUAUACUUUGUUUUUCUUUUUGUAUAAUGAGAUUAAUAUAAAAUCACUUACCCCUAUGUACUUGUGUAUAUUUUUACAUAGAUAGCUAACUAAUAUUACCCUAAAUUACUCCAAAUCUACACAACAAAAUAGACAAUGGUAACAAAUAUACGUAAAAUUAAUUAAAUUGUUUAUUUAAGUAUUUACAAAAAUAAUUUCUUGGUCCACGAUUAAAAUUAGUUCAUUACCGUGGGAUCAUCAAUGAGCAAAUAAUUAAACAACUAGGCCUAAUUUUCUACAUAAACUUAUUGUAGUACUUAUCUAAGAGUAUAAAAAUAGCUAUAAUUUUACAAAAAAAAAUUAUUUGUGUUUAUUUAUUAGUAAGAUGUUUUUAAUUUAUUGUACAGGUGUAUAUUAUUUGUUUCCUUUUUUUAAAAUAUCACAAGACUAUAAGUACAUGAAAUUGAAGAUAUUUUACUUAUUUCAACUCAUAGAAAUUAAAUCAACAAAGAUAUUAUUACAUAAAAUUUCUUUUUGUGCCAUAAAACUCUAUAUUCAUUAUUCUGCAGGUAAAUAUAAAAUACUAAUCAGCUUUUUUUUUUUUAUAAUUUCUUUAUUGUUUUAUUAAUAGUUAUUUAUUUAAUAUAAACAACUUUAAAUCUAUUAUCAUUACCAGCCAUUUCUUGACUUGUUAUGCUAACGUGUACCUAAAUUUACUGUAUAUCGAAAUACUAUAUCUUUAUAUUUAAGAGAAUACUUAAAUUUAAUACGUGUAAAAUAUCGUUUAUUAGUUUCUGAACAUUUACUGUAGUUUUAGUUUUAUAUUUUUAAAAGAGUACAAAUAACGAAGUAGAAUAUAUAAUUUCCAGUAUUUACUAUAUUUUAAAUUGUUACUAAUAAUAAUUAAUUUAACAUAAGGAAAAGUCUUUAUUUCAAAAAUUAAAUUUUUUAACAUACAAAGCUUAUAUAUUAAAGACAAAGUGCGGAAAUUGUAUUCCAAUUUAUAAUUGCUUUUUGUCAAAAAAGUGUCUGUUAUAUGACCUUACAUUAAAAUAAUUUUAUCUGAUGCAUACAAAAAAUUUUUUGCUAUCUAACGAUGUAUAUAUCUUAUUUGUGGUUCUCGUGCUAAAAUUAAAUUAUUUUCUUUCA